GAGUGUGCACAAACGUGUAAGCCAGGGACUUCAGCUGGGGAGCACGGCCCCAGACGCACAGCUUCCAUUAGUGGCUAAAGAGCACCACCUUGCUGUCGCCAGUGCUCUCUGGAGAAACUCCUGCUUGAAGAGCCAGAGAAUGUCACAGAUGCCACCUUCCCCACAGCUUGCUGAUACAGCUGCAGGUUUUACUCUCUUAGCUUUGGAUAUACCCAGCAAAGCCCUAUCAGAUCUCCAGCCACAACCUGUUCUAUCAAUGAUGCAGCUGUUUGGAUGGGAUGACAUGGUGUGGCCUCAUCUGGUGUCAAGAUAUCUAAGUCACCUAGUUCAAAACAGUGCACUGCGUGAAGCUUUUUCUAGUAUGGGAUAUACAUCCUAUGAAGCUUUGACAGUACGAUCUUGGUUUCGAUGCGUGUUGCAAAUGUUCAUAGAUCAACCAAGUGGUACGCUGGCCAAGACAGAUGCUGAGCGAACAGUUGGGAAAGCCUAUUUGGAGCAGCUGACUGAAAUGACAAGACUGAUUUUUAAACUCUCAGAAGUAGAAAACAUUCUUGCAAAGGCUCAUGUUGAAGAAUCAGUUUUCAAGCAAGACCCUAAAAAUGCUCUUGUCCAAUUCAUUAAGGCUGUUGGUAAAACUUACAGUGGCCUUCAGACACUCCCUGAGAAAUCUGCCAUGGUAGCAAAGACUCUGGAAUAUUUAGGUGAUGUGUUAAAGUAUGUAAAACCUUAUCUGAAGGUAAAAGGACCUCCAGAAGGCCUGCAGCUUACCUAUUGGAUCAUAGGAUGUCUGGUAAAGUUCUGGGCACCGAUACUGGCUACUUCCAAAGCGCAGCAACUGCUGUUCCGCAUCGUGGAUUGCUUGCUGCUGCCGCACUCUGUGCUCCAGCAGGACAAAGAGCUGCCUGUGGCUUUGCUGUCUGCCAUUCAGGAAAGCCUACCUCUUUAUCUUCAGGGUCUGUCCUUUAUAUGUUGCCAGUCCCAAACGCAGGGUGCCUAUUUGAAUCAACUGCUUGGGAGCAUUAUUCAACAGUAUUUUGGACGAUUUCUACCUUCUUCUCCGACCAUGCUUGGAGCCGGACAGCAUCCUAUGCUGACUGCUUUGUGCAGCUCCAUUACAGGCCCCCAGAUGCUCCGUCUACGGAAGACCACUCUGCACGUCAUAAAUGAAAGCUACAUGCAGUUCAAAGGUAACGCUCCACCUCCUCGCCUGGCCUCAGUUCUUGCUUUCAUCCUUGAAGUACUUCAGAGAACCCAGAGCACUGAACUAUGUGACAUUGACUUAGUUCUCCCAGCCGUGUUGAAAUGCCUGGUAUUGGUCAACGAGCCCCAAGUUAAAAAAAUAUCUACAGACAUUGUGCAGUACAUGGUAGAAGGCUGCCAAGCAGGGUCAGGAGGAGAACAUGCCACCCAGCUGACUUCUGUAUUUAGGCAGUUUAUCCAGGACUAUACUGCCGUGUAUGAUCACCGGGUUUUCAGCAUACUAGAAACAGUGGCAGUCUUGGAUCAGACGUUUGUUACCAGCCUGAUUCCCACAAUCACACAGUCUCUGAAGGAUUCAGAGCACAAACAAGGUCUUGGAAGAAACGCUGCACAGAGAGAAGCCUAUAAAAGACUCUUAUCUCACCUCACAGAGGCUGGACAACAUGAGAUACAAAAGCUGGAAAAUGAGACAGGUUAG